AUGCUCAACAUCUUAACCCAGGCCCAGCGCGACCGCUUUGCCCGCGCGGUAGGCGCGACCAUGCACCGCCACGUCGGACCCCGGAGCGAGGAGGACGGGGGUCGCCUGGUCAACCCAUUCACCGUCGCAGCUCCCCUUCGCUACAGCGUCUCUGGGGACGCUGGGGAAUGUGAGGAAAUUGGCAGGGGUGAUGCUGAGCCGCCGGACAAGGAUGACGAGUCCAACGACCAGGCCCUCGGGAUCCCCGGCGACGAGCACGGGGCCGACACGGCCGAAGUCGCUCCAGGCGUCACUCACCCCUCCGACGCCGCAUCAUACCCGCACCCGGCGGCCACGCACCCCGCCGACUCCAAGAUCUUCUCCGACGGGCUCGACUUCCCCGUCACGUUCUACGUAGACCCGGGGUGCAGCCCCGUCCUGGCGCGCAUGAUCGAGAACGACGGCGGACACCUCACGACCCCCGACCGCGCGCACCUCCUCGUCUUCAACGUAUCAUCUGCGGACGAGCUCGACGGCGCCCAGCGCCGCCUAGUGGCCGAGCCGCGCUUCUUUGGUAGUGUUGGGGUGACGCAGGAGUGGCUGUGCCAGUGUAUCCUUGCGCGCGAGAAUGCGGCUGCUGUGUUGCUCGGCACCAUCCCUCCGGCGCCUGCCGGCCGUCCAAAGCCCCGCCUCGCAUCCUAA